AUGGCGUCUACUAGCGUUCCUGCGAUGGACUUUUCGUGUGCCAUCUGCCUCGACAUCGCCACAGAGCCUGUCGUCACCCGCUGCGGCCACCUCUUCUGCUGGGAAUGCCUCGACCACUGGCUGCACAGCGCGGCUGGCGCGCCAGAAUGUCCAGUUUGCAAAGGCCGCGUCGAUGAGCGGAUGAGUGGCGACAUCAUUCCCUUGUACGGUAAAGGCCGACAGCCAGCAGCAAAGGCGGGCAGUGACCAGGGCACCACCUCCGCACCAGCGACGACGGCGACAUCCUCGACAUCCGCCAAUAAGAGUGCUACGUCCGUUGCUGACCCGGCACAGAGGGCAUUUUUUAGCCGCCCUAGUGCUUACAGUUUUGCCCCCGCUCGAAACGCACGCAAUGCGGCGCAGGGGUCCUCACAACACCAUCAAGAGCCAGAGCAACAGCAGCACCACCCGCGCCCAAGUGCUGAUCGUGCGCCGCCUCACCCCCGCCCGCAGCAGCGUCACCAGUUUCAGAAUGUCCAUAUAAAUCGCGGUAGCAUGCCGCUGACCAUGGGCAGUGGCAUCUUCUUUUUCAGUGGUGGUACAGGGGUGCUCUUCUCUAUUCUCAUUGUGGCGAUAUGGACCCUGUACCACUACGCGCCGUGGCGUGAGUGGGCACAGGUGUCGGCACGCUGGUUCAAUCGCCUGCGUGGCCACCCGGAGCCGACGAACACGAGUCAGGCAGAGCAUGAGGCGGCAGCGGACAGGCCGAACCAGGCACGGACGCAACCAGCUGCCACGCACUCAGCUUCCGCAGUUCCUUUGACGGAGGACCCUAACGACAAUGCUUCACCGCCACCGAUCGUGCGCCAUUUGAUCAUCAGCCUCUUUCUCGUCUUCAUUUCGAUUCAGCUUGUGGCGUACAUGUAG